AUGGCCUUUUCUGCGUUUAGAGGGCUUUUCCGGCUGGCCUCUGCAGGGGCUAUGAUCACUGCUUUUCGUUCUCUGAACACUUCUGCAGUCGACGCAUUCAUUCGCAACCAGUAUGGAGGCCAUCUUCAAUAUUUGACCAUCCAAGGUCUCUUCAUUGCCAUUGCCACUAUGCUUAUCGGCGUCCUGACGGAUGUGAUUCCCCCUCUUCGUCAUGGCGGCCUAAUUCUGAGCGACGGACCAGCAUCUCUUCGCAGCUUCAGACGCAGCCUUUUCAUCGCAGCCAUGCCACUUGCAGUUAUUAUCUCGUCGAUUUACUGGACGCUACUCGUCUUCUUCCCCGACCUCAUCAUAGCUUCAGACGUCUCCGCCACCCCUGAACCCACCAGCUCUGAUGCAGCUCCAGUGCCCUUCCGCCUUCCGCUGUCUAUUGACCUAGGCCUUCAUGCUGUACCAGCGCUCUCGCUACUACUCGACUUCCUGGUCUUCGAAAAGAAGUACAGUCGCAAAGAAGUUAACAUCCAUGUACCUGUCGUGGUGGCUCUGUAUGCUGUCUUCUACGGACUCUGGGUGGAGCAUUGUGCAAGCCGAAACGGAAACAUUUUCCCCUACCCUUUCUUGACCCAGAACCCGUUAAAAGUUAGAAUUGUUAUCUACGCUGGAGCAGCUUUCCUCGCUUUCGGAUCGUUCAAGCUUCUGAACCGCGUCCACCCGCGUUAG